UUUUAGAUAUUUCAUAAGUCACUUGGGUUCCAUUUAUUUUUGUCCACCCCUACUUCCAAGGGAUCCAGAAUCGAAGCUCCACCGACGAUUCUGAAGAGAGGAACGAUCGAAUCGACUUGGUUGCGUUUAAUGGCGACGAGGUUUCUUCAUCUUCAUCGACAUCGUAUGGAGAAAGUUGAUUCGGGAACCACCUUUUACUUUAGCCGCCUUUUGAGCCUCUCUCUCUCUCUCUGGUUUCGUGCUUUCCGCGAUUACCGAGCGAUUCUGAGAAACAGUCUCCACUUCAACGAAGCUCUGGAUCUCUUCACUCGCAUGCUCGAGUCCCAUCCCCUUCCAUCCACCGUCGAUUUCACCAAGCUACUAACCGCUAUUUCCAACUCCAAGAGAUUUGAUCUCGUCAUCGCUCUCUGCAACCACCUGGAGACGUUAGGGAUUCCGCACGAUCUCUACACUUGCAAUCUCGUCAUGAACUGCCUCUCCCGAUCCUCUCGGCCUCAUCUCGCUUCGUCUUUUCUCGGGAGGAUGAUGAAACUCGGAUUUAGCCCCGACAUCAUCACGUUCACAUCUCUCGUCAGUGGAUUCAGGAACAGACCCGAAGACGCCAUGUAUAUCGUUAAUCAGAUGGGAAUCGAACCCGGCGUUGUGAUGUACACCACGCUCAUCGAGUCUCUUUGCAGAAACGGACUUGUGGAUAACGCGAUGGACAUGUUAAACCGGAUGGAGAACGAUGGGGUUAGACCUGAUGCCGUCACCUACACAUCUCUCGUGAACGGUCUUUGUAACUCCAGCAGGUUGAGUGAUGCUGUUAGGUUACUCAACGAUGUUGAUAUGAUGAGGAGGAGAAUCAACCCUGAUGUAAUCGCUUUCAAUGCGUUGAUCGAUGGGUUUGUGAAAGAAAGGAAGCUUCUGGAGGCUAGAGAGCUGUACAGCGAGAUGAUUCGUAUCUCUGUAGCUCCUCAUGUUUUCAUGGUCUCUCGUGGGGUGUCUCCCAGUAUUAGGACCUACAACGUUUUGUUACAUGGACUAUGUUUGAACGGGAAGCUGGAUAAAGCGUUGUUGAUAUUUGAGGAUAUACAAAAGAGAGCGAUUGAUGUUAAUAUUAUUACGUAUACAAUCAUCAUUCAAGGGAUGUGCAGAGCUGGUAAACUCAAAGACGCUGUUGAUUUGUUUUGUAGCCUCCCGUCCAAAGGGAUGAAGCCUAACGUUGUAACAUACAGUACAAUGAUAUCAGCGUUGUUUAGGGAAGGUUUUAAGCUUGAAGCUCAUGUGUUGUUCAGAAAAAUGAAAGAAGAUGGGUUUUACAAAUAUAGGUGAAUAGUCACAGGUGAAUUGAUCAUAGUAUUGAGGAGUGUCUUCUGAUGAUUGCUUCUUCUACUCACAUAAAAAUGAUGGCGCAGUUACAGUUUCUAACUAACUAUGAUGCAUCUUUCAUAAGCACAUGUUGGCUAUAUGUGUGUAGGGUGAUGAUACACAGCCUGAGUUAAUUCCUGAUAAUGUCACAUUUGUAUCUUUGAUUCUGGUUCCAAGGAGAUGCCUCAGAUAGGCUAAUACACGUAACUAAUUAGUGAAGCAGCGAGGAUUUGAUGAAGCUGUGAGAUUGUUUAUACAUCCGGUGAGAGAGGAAUAGUGUACGUAGUUUAGGUAAGUGCAUACAUAUAUCAAUAUAUGGAUUGAUUUCUCUCAUAUGUAUUCUUUUGUAACCUUGUAA